AUGCGGCCUGCAGUGCAGCUGAACCCCGCCAUGCUGCUUCUAUCUCUGAAGAUGCUCCUCCUCUUCCUCGCAGGUUUGCCAGUUGUGGUGUCUCGAAGCAGCAAGCUGCACAUUUCACCCAGUGACCCCGAAGUCGUCCUCAGUCUCUGGAGCAACUUCUCACUGACAUGCUCGGGGGAGGCCGAGUUGGUCUGGGAACGAGACAUGCAGCCCAUAGCUGCGCCACUGGAGUGGAGAGAUGGCACCUUCUCCAGCACGCUCACGCUCUGGAACAUGACAGGCAAUGACACGGGGGAGUACGUCUGCACCUACAACCAAUCCCAGAACCAGAAGCACGCGGAGAGACAGGCCGUCUAUGUCUUUGUGCCAGACCCGUCCAUCGUCUUCCUCCCCACAGGCCCUGAGGAACCAUUCAUCUUCAUCACCGGCGACAGCGAGGCCACCAUCCCGUGCCGUGUGACUGACCCCCAGACCACGGUGACUCUCUAUGAGAAGAAGGUGGAGAACCCAAUUCCCGUGGUCUAUGACAGGCAACAAGGCUUCACGGGGUUCUUCGAAGACAAGACCUACAUCUGCAGGGCAAUGCUGGGCGAGCGGGAGGUGGACUCUGACGCAUAUUACGUCUACAGAAUCCAGGUCUCGUCCCUCAAUGUUUCCAUCCGCGCGGUGCAGACCGUGGUGAAGCAAGGCGAGAACAUCACCGUGAUGUGUACUGUGAGCGGCAACGAAGUGGUGGAUUUCAGCUGGUUUUACCCUCGCCGGGAGGCAGGUAAGGCCGUGGAGCCUGUGACAGACUUUUUGCCUGGAUCCAGCCAUGACAUCCGCUCCACCGUGACCAUCCAGAAUGCAGAGCUGGAGGACGCCGGCACCUACAUCUGCCACGUCUCUGAGGUCUACCACCAGAAUACGGACAAGAAGGACAUUGAGGUCAACGUGAUCGAGCGUGGCUUUGUGAGGUUCCACACUGGUCUGAAUGACGUCGAGUUUGCCAAGGUGCACAAGAGUCGCAUCAUCCAGGUGCAGAUCGAGGCCUAUCCGCAGCCAACCAUCCUGUGGCUGAAGGACAAUGAGACCCUGAGGGUGGGGAACAGCAGCGAAUUCGUCAUCACCAGCAAGAACCUGUCGGAAAACAGGUACCAAACCACUCUGACCCUAGUGCGAGUGAAGCAGAAUGAAGGGGGAUUCUACACCGUCCGGGCAUCCCAUGAGGAUGACACGCAGGAGAUGUCCUUCUACCUGCAAAUUAACGUGCCCGCCAACGUGUUAUGGCUGAAGAAGAACAGCAAUGCCAGCAGUGGGGAGCAGACCGUCAUGUGCUACACUGAAGGGAUGCCCCAGCCAGAGCUCAUGUGGUUCACCUGCAGUGACAUCAAAGGGUGCGGCACCAAGGAGCAGCCCACCAGGGUCCUGGGGAACAACUCAGAGGAGAUCAGCCUGCAGACCAGCUCCAUGUACAACGAGACGCUGAAGGUUUACAGAGUGUACAGCACGCUGCGGCUCCGCAGGGUGGACGAAGACCUGCUCAUCAGAUGCUCUGUGCAGAAUCUCCUGGGCAAUGUUUUUGAGGACAUCACCCUGGUCCCACACGGCUGGCCCUUGAAGGUGAUCAUCAUCUCAAGCAUCCUGGCCUUGGUGGGGGUGCUUGCCAUCAUCUUCCCGGGGAUCUUCAUCGUCCUGCGGAUGAAGAAUCCUCGCUAUGAAAUCCGCUGGAAGGUGAUUGAGUCGGUCAGCUCCGAUGGGCAUGAGUACAUCUAUGUGGAUCCCAUGCAGCUCCCCUACGACUGCAGCUGGGAGCUCUCCAGGGACGAGCUAGUGCUAGGGCGCACUCUCGGAUCCGGAGCCUUUGGCCGAGUGGUGGAGGCAACAGCCCAUGGCCUGAGCCAUUCGCAAUCCACGAUGCGAGUGGCCGUGAAAAUGCUCAAAUCUACCGCCAGGAGCAGCGAGAAGCAGGCCCUGAUGUCUGAGUUGAAGAUCAUGAGCCACCUGGGGCCUCACCUAAACAUUGUCAACUUACUUGGAGCCUGCACCAAAGGAGGCCCCAUCUAUAUCAUAACAGAGUAUUGCCGCUAUGGAGACCUGGUGGACUAUCUGCUCCGGAACAAGCACACCUUCCUCCAGUACUACACCGAGAAAGCAAGGCGAGAGAUGGAGGUGUAUGGGAAUGCCUCUGAAGAGGACAAGGUGUACAGCCUCACCUCCUUCUCUGUCGAAAGUGACGGGGGCUACAUGGAUAUGAGCAAGGAUGACUCCCUGGACUACGUUCCCAUGUCUGAUAUGAAGGGAGAGAUCAAGUAUGCUGACAUUGAGUCCUCCAACUACGGCACUCCCUACGAGCUGGACAGCUAUUCCCCCUCAGCUCCCGAAAGGACGGACCGCGUGACCCUGAUAAACGAGUCCCCAUUCCUCAGCUACACAGACCUGAUUGGGUUUAGUUUCCAGGUGGCCAACGGGAUGGAGUUCCUCGCGUCCAAAAACUGUGUGCACCGAGACCUGGCAGCAAGGAACGUCCUCAUCUGCGAGGGGAAGCUGGUGAAGAUCUGUGACUUUGGCCUGGCCAGAGAUAUCAUGAGGGAUUCCAACUACAUCUCCAAAGGCAGCACCUUCCUGCCUUUGAAAUGGAUGGCGCCUGAGAGCAUCUUCAACAACCUCUACACAACCCUGAGUGAUGUGUGGUCUUUUGGGAUCCUUCUCUGGGAGAUAUUCACUCUGGGUGGGACUCCAUACCCUGAACUACCCAUGAAUGAGCAGUUCUACAAUGCCAUCAAAUGUGGCUACCGAAUGUCUAAACCCACCCAUGCUUCCAACGAGAUCUAUGACAUCAUGCAGAAAUGUUGGGAAGAGAAGUUUGAGAUAAGACCUUCCUUCUCUCAGCUGGUGGUACUUAUGGGGAACCUCCUGGCAGAUGGAUACAAGAAGAGGUACCAACAGGUCGAGGAAGAGUUCCUGAAGAGUGACCACCCUGCUGUUCUGCGCACAAGGCCCAGAAUCCCCGGGGUCAGCAGCGCCGGGCUCACCCCCAGCUCCGGCACCGGAAGUGUCCUCUAUACAGCUGUGCAGCAGGACGAGGGGGACAAUGAGUACAUCAUCCCCCUUCCUGACCCCAAGCCCGAUGGAAUCGACGAUGCCCCUCAGGAGGCUUCGGUCAGCCGGGCCAGUUCUACUCUGAACGAAGUGAACACAGCAUCCACAAUAUCCUGUGACAGCCCCCUGGACCCACAGCAGGAAGGGGAACAGGAGGAACCUGAACCGAAGUCGGGCUGCCAGGAGCCAAGCCCAGGGCACCACGACAUGGAAGAGAGUUUUCUGUAG